UGACCACAGCGACCAUGACCACAGUGACCAUGACCACAGCGGCCAUGACCACAGCAAUCAUGAAAACGAUCACGCCGAUCAAACGAGCACAGCCAUUCCUCCCGUCAACCAGCAACACUCCGCCCAACUAGAGCCGUCCCGAGUCCCUCAGGAGCCGCGGUCUUCUCCCGCCCCAAGGGAAAGGUCCACCACGAAGCAGAGAAAGCAACGGAGAAACAAAACCACUACAGCUCCCAUGAUUCGAUCCGAUGACCACGACGACGGUCACGGACACGGUCACGGACACGGUCACAGCCAUUCUCAUAAAGCUAAGAGAGAAGCACCGUCGGGGCGCUCUACCCCGACCCCUCCAGGUGUCAUCGCGCCUGGCCACGCUGGGGGAUUAUCUCAUCAGCAUGAAGAGUGUCUGAACCUGACUCAGCUCCUCACCUACUACGGCUUGAGUCCCGAAUCGCUCAUCUCGCCCAGCCAGUUCACCUAUCUGUGUCCGGCUCUGCUCUACCAGAUUGAUAGCCGCGUCUGCAUCCGCCAUUACCACCAGAUGGAUGUGGAGCGGGAGGCCAUGGAGCCCGCCAGUCCCGUGUGGAUCUGGGUCUGGGGCUUUGUGUCCAUCACCAUCAUCAGCCUGCUGUCUCUGCUGGGCGUCGUUCUCGUGCCCAUCCUCAAACAAUCCUGCUUCAAGUUCCUGCUCACCUUCCUCGUGGCCUUGGCGGUGGGCACGCUCAGCGGCGACGCCCUCCUUCACCUGCUGCCUCAUUCUCAAGGGAAGCACGACCACAGCCAGGUCGGGGUGUCCCACAACGACGAGGACCUGCUAACAGCUUUCGAUGGGGUGUGGAAGGGCCUAACGGCGCUGGUCGGCAUCUACUUCCUCUUCAUCAUCGAGCACUGUCUCGGCAUGUUUAAGCACUACAAAGACCAGAAGACCAUGAAGAAGGUGAGCGAGGAGGGCAAAAUUGGCAGGAAGUUGUCAGAUCACAAGCUGAAUCGGCGCUCAGAUGCAGAGUGGCUGCACCUGAAGCCGCUCAACGAAGACCCCGACAACACAGUCGUCUCCUGCGACAACGGUCACAACGACACGCAGCUCAGUGAGCUUCAGACGCGCAGCGAAUCUCCCACCAACAAGACGCCGCUGACACACGCGAGCCCCCAACACGACCACCCGUCGCCCGUCAAAGAAAACGGACGCAAGGUCAAGCAGCACGGUCACGGGCACUCUCACGGGCACUCCCAUGGCGGGAACUGCCACUCAGAUCAGGAGAUGAAGGACGCCGGGAUCGCCAGCAUCGCCUGGAUGGUCAUCAUGGGAGACGGCAUGCAUAACUUCAGUGACGGGCUGGCCAUAGGCGCAGCGUUCAGUGCAAACCUCACAGGAGGAAUCAGUACAUCAGUGGCUGUUUUCUGCCAUGAAUUACCUCAUGAACUCGGUGACUUUGCCGUGCUGCUGAAAGCGGGCAUGUCAGUGAAGCAGGCCAUUGUCUACAAUCUGCUGUCCGCCCUCAUGGCCUACGUUGGCAUGCUGAUUGGCACAGCUGUGGGCCAGUACACACACAAUGUCACCAACUGGAUCUUCGCCAUCACAGCUGGCAUGUUCCUGUAUGUGGCUCUGGUGGAUAUGCUGCCAGAGAUGCUUCACGGUGACAGUGAGGAGCACAAACGCUGCCAGCUGGGACACUUUAUCCUGCAGAACCUGGGCAUGCUGACCGGGUUCGGCAUCAUGCUGCUCAUCGCCAUCUUUGAAGACCGCAUUGUGUUCGAUUUUGGCUUUUAGUCGUUGGUGGAGGACAGUGAAGGAGGGAGGGACAGGGAGAGGGAGAGCUGGAUGUAUCAAUGUUGUUCUUCUUGGCCUUAACAUGCUUUGUUUGAGAUGUAACGGCCCCAGUCUUGCAUGCAAUGUGAGUCUCAUUCAUGGCCCGUGCCUCCAUUCCAAACAUGCAGCGUUGCAGUUAGCUUAUGCAUAUCUCUGCUAGUGACGUUUACACUUUUUUUUUGCUCCUCCAUCACCUCCUCUCUUCUCUCGCUUGUUCCGAGAUGUUAGGGUUUGAGGCCGAGGCUACACUCCUCAAACCAAGAAAACAGCCUCCUUUGCUCCUCUUGUAACGGUUA